CUGGCAAGUACUUUGCUGACCAAUUUUCCAACCUCAACUUUCUCAAAUAACACCAAUGUAGAGAAUCGGAUCAGUUUCUCGAAACUGUUAAACUGGAGGAAGGCGCUGUACUCCGUCCUUUCAAUCGCCUCCCCGCAAUUUGUACUUUGCCGAGCUGCAAUCAAAUCCCUGACAAAGCGACAUUGGAAAUCCGGGGAAAGGAGGGACACUGGGGCGCGAGGGCCAGGCUGUCUCACUUCAGCCAUCACGUGGGGAAGUCCUAAACAUUUGCCGUUUUCAGGUUGAUUUUAUAUAAACUAGAAAGAGAACCGACCUACUUUUGUAGUUUCAUUCGAAGUUGAUGAACCAUUACAAAACUCGGAGAGAGAUAAUCAGCCACAAGAUAAACCCGGGAUUUGGAGGGAAGGAGCGUUUCACGCGAACUGUUCGUCAUUGAGAGCGAUAGCCAUUUCACCACAGCCAGGAGGAGCCCUACAGAGAUGAAGCUGCUGUCAUGGAAACUCGGGCGCGGCGAAUCGGUGCACGAUUACGUCGGCGUCUUGGUCCCGCUCGAGGAGGCACAUCUGUACAGCCAUUCGGCGCGAUCGGGGCGGUGCGAAUUUGAGGAGGUCCGGGAUGGCGGCAUUCGUGAGGAGGAGAAUCCAUUGGAUGAUGAGCGCGAGGCCGAGGCGGGCAAGGAUGGCGAGAAUGAGGACACGGGGAUGCUGCAGAUGUGCGCGGCGGAGUAUACGGUUGAGGGGUUGAGGAGGGAGAUCAGGACGGGGGAGAUAUGGGGGAAAGGGUGGACUGAGUAUGAGAUGAAAUCGAGACUCAUCAAUAAGGCCAUUCAGGAUAUUGGCAUGGGGAGAUACAACUGGCAGUUGUUUGUUUUGUGUGGUUUUGGAUGGUUUGCGGAUAAUCUUUGGAUGCAGGGCCUCUCUUUAAUACUUCCAUCUCUCUCGCAAGAAUUUGAUAUAUCGGAAAAGACCGUCAGGUACACGACCAGCUCCGUGUACGUCGGUUUGUGCAUAGGGAGUUUCUUUUGGGGAAUAGGGGCAGAUAUACUUGGCCGUCGCAUUGCUUUCAAUAUGACGCUGCUGAUCACGAGCAUAUUCGGAAUAGCGGCCGCAUACGCAGGGAGCUGGGGCAGCGUCUGUUUCCUGUUGGCGUGCAUGGGGACUGGGGUGGGGGGAAACUUGCCAGUCGACGGUGCUCUCUUUCUCGAGUUCCUCCCGGAUGCGUCGAGUGCCUUGCUGACACUGCUAUCCGUAUGGUGGCCGGUCGGCCAACUGGCCUCGUCGCUCGCUGCAUGGUACUUCAUCACAACCCGACCGGUCGAAGUAGGAUGGCGGUCUUUCAUUACGGCGAUUGGUUUAGCUACCUUCAUCAUGUUUCUCGUACGGUUCUUCGUCUUUCAUCUCUUCGAGUCUCCGAAGUACCUUUUGUCACAAGGCCGACAAGCCGAAGCUGUCGCCGUCGUACAUGGCAUCGCCCACCGCAACCACGCUAAGACCUGGCUUACGGAGGAAAUUCUAGACGCCGUCGUUGAUGGAGAGAUUGUCCAACAUUCGAUGACGAGGCUCUCGACAGCAAACAUCAUUAAGCGGAAUCUAUCAUCCUUCUCCGUCGCUCACCUCAAACCUCUCUUCAGCACCCGCAAACUCGGGCAAGCAACCAUGCUCAUGUGGUUUUGCUGGACUACCAUCGGCAUGGGCUACCCGCUCUUCAAUGCCUUCCUGCCGCAGUACCUGUCGCACGGCGGCUCUGUCGUCGAAGCCACCGACGGAAUCGCCACCAGAGCAGCAGAAGCCGCCACAGCGGAAACCUACCGCAACUACGCCAUCAUCUCCAUGGUGGGCGUGCCAGGCAGUCUGGUAGCCGCGUACACAGUGGACCACAAGUCACCCUGGCUCGGACGCAAGGGGACGCUGGCCAUCUCGGCGCUGGUAUCGGCCGUUUUCCUCUUCUUCUUCGUCACUUUUGGCAACACGCCUAACUCGCAGCUGUUCUUUACCUGCAUCGAGGCGUUUACGCAGAAUAUCAUGUAUGGCGUUUUGUAUGCCUUCACGCCGGAGAUAUUCCCGGCUCCUGUACGAGGCGCGGGGACGGGGGUCGCUAGCUUCUUGAAUAGGUUCGCGGGGUUGAUCGCACCCGUGCUAGCGGCGAAUAUCCCGGGUGAUGGGACCAAGCUGCCGAUAUAUCUGUCGGCCGUGUUGAUAUUUGCGGCUUUUGUGGGGAUGUGUUUGAUGCCGAUAGAGACGAGGGGUAGGCAGAGCUUGUAAAAGAGGGGAAAGGAGGUCUCGGUUGAUACAAAGAUAUAUCGUGGAGUGAUCUUGCAAAUUCGUAUGUUAUGCAUAGCGUCGUCAACUUCAUACGGCUGAAAGGGAUCAUACAACAGGACGGCUGUCGGGCUAUAAGAUUGCAUCAAACUGGUCAGGUACAUCCUUGGGGU